UGUCAGCAGACACGCCCUUCACUUCCAUCUUAGCCAUGUGGCUAUGACUAUAAACGACUGCCCGUCUGAUCCAUAUGUUUACGAUUUGUAAUUAAUAUUGUGCAUGUUCACACCGCCAGCAGAAUGUCAGAGUCAGUGUCUAGAUUUCAAGCAGAGGUGGCUGCGGUUUUGGAGGUGUUACUGAAGGUAGCCGUCGUGGAGAUAACGAAAGUUUUCGAAGGACGCUCACAGGAGUCCCAUGGCUGCACAGUCAACAGAGAUCCUAGGAUCAAAGAAAAUGUGCUAUCUGUACCUGACAUCAGGGCUCAUAUGGAAAGUGCAUUGACUAAUUUAACUGACAAGAUGGUUUGCAGCGUCGGUGUGCAGGUGGAAGAGACAUUGCUAUCCCAGCAUCAGGAUGAGUGCAUGUCCAGUGCCAGAGGCAGAGCUUGUCUGCAGGAAUCCACAGGAGAGGAGGGGCUGUCUCCCUCAGAAAGUCUCUGCAAGGAGUCCCCAGAAGUUGUGGAUCUGCAAUGCAUGGUUGAUCUUCCGUGCACCAUUUUCAAAGAAAAUGGGAUUGCUGUAGGGAGAGGAGAUAGCUUAAUUUGCGACACACCAUGGACUGGUAACUUAAAGGAGCAAGGGACAAUUCAGGAAAAUGAUCUUCAAGGACUUGGUGCCCUUGCGGAGUCCACUUCAUCUUCUGUGAUAGAUCCAGAGGCUCACCCGUUCAGUUCCGUUCUUGUUCCCAGUGCAGAGCUUUCUACAGACACUCUAGGGCAGUGGGACCUUGGUCUUAUGGAAGUUAAUUCUUUACCCUCUGUUGAAAAGUCACCCUACAUAGAACUUCCUCAGUCCAGUGAAAACACAUCUGAGCCCACAAGUCUCAACCAGGCAUCAGGUAAUAGUGCUACUGAGGUCAGGCAAGGAGGUUCUGAUGUAAAGGUUCAUUUCCAGCUCAGCAAAAUGCCUUUCGAUUGCAAACUGUUACGGCCUUGCUCUGUGCAACUUGUAAACCUUCUGAUGAUGUCAAGUGGCGUAAAGAAAAGCACAAACAGUUCUAGCAAAAGAUGCUUCUCUAUACCUAAAGAUCUGAGAGCUCAUCAGCGUGUCCAUACUGGACGAAGACUGUGCUGCUUUACAGAGUGCGGGAACGGUAUUUGGCGUCUGCAGGGUGUCCACCCUUAUGGCUGUAAAAUUUGUGGCAAAAAGUUCAAACGCAGGAAGAUCCUAAAGCGGCACGAGCGCUUUCACACAGGAGAAAAGCCAUAUUCGUGCAGAAAGUGUAGAAAAACGUUUGCCUUACGGAAAAGCUUGCGAAGACACGAAAGGUUCCACACUGGAGAGAGACCUCACCGCUGCCCCCACUGUGGAAAAGGGUUCCGUCUCAAGAACAAUCUCAAGGCUCACUUGCGCUUUCACACUGGUGAAAAGCCAUUCAAUUGCAGCCUGUGCUCUAAGGGCUUUAGGAUCUAUAAGAACCUGGAGAAACACAGACUCACUCACUCUGCGGCAGGUAGAGCUCCAUCUGUUAAAUAGAUCAACAAAAGUUGUGUGUGCUUCGACUGAAUAAAAAAUACCGUAUUUCUACCUCAGCUGAGAACCACUAGAUAAAUGUUUUGCAAAGCUGACCCACAGUGGCAAACAAGCAGUAAGCACAUCAGGGUGACUAUUUUCUAAAUGUCCAUGUUUCACUUUGUCCUGAUUUUAGGUUGUAACGACUUGUUGUUUAGCAUGUUGAUCAGAAACGUUUGUGGGCAGUUUUCUUCUGUUGUAAAUGUUAAAAUUGUUUGGGAAAAAAAUAUUUCUUUGCCCCAGACUGCAUCUGUAUAAAAAUACAAACUAAAAUGUUCUUGUUAAAGAACAAGAAGGUUGUGUGUGCAAAAUGUUUUAAUUUUUCAAUAACGAAAAGUCACUGAAUAUAUUGGGAAAAGAGUCCUGGACAUUGGAGGAUGCAGUCCAACGCAAGCAGGUUUGGCUGAUCCCCAGGUUUAUGUAAAAACUAAAAUCAUAAAUAUUGAACUCUAGGCUUCUUAGAUGUUGGUUAUCCGAUAGUUGUCUAAAAAACAAAUGGCCUUACUGCCUUAACAUACAGCCAUUGAUUUCACAAUUUCAACUAUCUGGAAAUACUUCUUUGGAUGAACACACUGGAUUUAAUUGGAAGCUGCAGUAUUCAGUGGACUUGAGAUUACUUUUACAAUGAUUUGUUCCUUUUUAGUGAUUUGUUGUUGACUACUUUCUUUGGUGCGAUCUGUUCACUUUAAGCUCAACAUUUAUAAAAGCUAAAAAAACGCAAUUACCCUUUUGCUCCCAUUUUCUACUGUGGCUUUUAUGUGUACUUUUCUCUUAAUUCUUUUAAAUAGUUUUAGAAAUAGAAAGAGCUUCUUAUAAAUGUGUAUUUGUUUCCUUUUUUUUAAAUUCAGAAAUGUCAAGUGUAUGUGUUUUUAGUUUGAUAUUAAAAAGCGUAAUUAUGUAAUAACGCAUUUAUAGCAAACAAGAACAAAUAUUUUCAAAUUAACAAUUUCUGUACAUACUGUUUUGCCAUUAUUCAUUUCCAUUUAUACAAAAUCUAAAUUUCAUGUUAAAUAAAUGAUAAUCUCAGUUCUUUGCUGGUUGGGCUAUUUUUCAGUUUGAAAGGAGUAACCAUAAAAAUCAUGUAAUAUUGUUCUUUUCAGCCUGGGAAAUCCGUGUUUUAGUCAAAUGAAACAUAUUGCAAAGAUCUGUUUAAUAGAAAUGUAUUAAAACCAAUGUAUCUGCAUUUUAUCUGCCCUGAUGUAUUCACGUUUACACUCUUCUUGAUUUCUUUUAUUUUUAGCCAAUCUGCUUUACCAUUUAUUACAUAAAACAAGCGACCCCACAUCCACAUGAGUGGAUGUUGUAUUUUGGCUUAGCUAUACCGGAGCGGUCACAAGGAGAAUCACACCGGAGAGAAGGAAUGGUGUUCCAAAAAGGAUG